UUUGCAGCCCAGAAUCACAUCCCAGGACCUCCUCCCAGCUGCAACGUAGUGUCCUGGGGUGGGACCAAAGGCACAGAAAGGACAGCAGUGCAGCACAGCACAGUGACGUUACGCCACACCGAGCGAGCCGCUGCUCACUGAGUCCCAUCACCUCCCGGAUCCAUCAUGGGGUCCCUAAUGAAGAACUUGCUGACAGACCUCAACCGCUACGUCCGCUGCUUCCAUGUCUUCCUGGCCAAGUCUACUGAGCACCAGACCAUGAAGCAGUUUGUGGAGCAGCAGCUGCCAGGCCUGCUGGCAAGUAUUGGAAGCGGGAAGUCUGCAAUCAAUAUUCUAAGUGUCGGUGGUGGAGCAGGUGAGAUUGACCUGCAGAUCAUCUCAGCUGUGCAAGCCAGUUAUCCAGGUGUCACCAUCAACAAUGAGGUGAUAGAGCCAAGUGCUGAUCAAAUCCUCGAGUACAAAGAACGUGUGGCUGCCACCUCAAACCUCGACAAUGUAAAGUUUACCUGGCAUGAGGAGACAGCUAAUGAAUACGAAAGGAGAAUGAAGGCAGAAAAGAAGUCUCAAAAAUGGGACUUCAUUCACAUGAUUCAGAUGCUGUACUAUGUGAAAGACAUCCCUGCAAUUAUCCAGUACUUCCACAGCCUCCUGGAUGCACAAGCAAAGCUCCUCAUCAUUCUGGUGUCAGAAACCAGUGGCUGGGAAACUCUCUGGACGAAGUAUGGUUCUUCCUUUCCUACAGAUGACUUCUGCACUUUCAUAUCCUCUGCUAAUAUCAAAGGGAUUCUGGAUUCAGUUGGGCUGAAGUACAAGAUCUAUGAGCUUCCAUCCCACAUGGACAUAACUUGCUGCUUUACUGAAGGGGACAACGAUGGGGAGCUGUUGCUGGAUUUCUUGACAGAAACCUGUGAGUUUUCAAAAAAUGCUCCUCCUGAACUAAGGCAACAGGUACUGGAAGAAUUAAGAAAGCCGGGAUGCAGCGAAAACAGAAAUGGGCAAGUGUUUUUUAAUAACAACAUGAGUGUGAUAAUGGUUGAGCCCUGAAUUGAGAAAAACGAAUGAUGAGAUAUAAAAUAUUAAGACUUGAAGUAGGGGGGAAAAAAAAUUCUUUACAAAUGGUUCAAUUUACAUAGUUUAUUUUUUGGAGUCUGUUAAGAAAUCAUUACUAACAUCUGCUGUUGUAAGUGAUCUUUAAAAGCGAGAUUAAUUCUGUAGUAAUCUAUGAAGGUGUAACUCAGCAGUAAAUUGUGUUUUAUCAUGUGGAUAUGGUAUAAUCAGAUAUAACUUGGAUCAUCAGCUCAAACACUGCAGAAACCAGACCACUUCCUCUGGCUGAUGGUUAAGAAAUAAUCAAGAACUAUACAUGAUUAUGUCAUAUGCAUUUAAAAACUCUCAGCAAAAUACACAAAUUACAGCUUCUCAGUGCCACUUUCAAGACUGGAGCCUUGAAACAACCAACUGCUUGGGUGGCUGCUGAAUAUCUUGAGUACCUUAAGCUUGUUGUGACUUCAAGAUCUCAUGUCUCCAGUUACCACGAAAGUGACCUAAACCUUCUGCAUGUGUGACAUUUGCCUGCUCCUGCCUCCACGUGCAGCUCUGUGUGAUAGCACUGCUUUCCCAUUGCUGUAUUUUCACUUUAUUCUUAUGACAUUGCAACAGCAGUGUCCUUUCCCUGUGGUUCAUAUAUAUGGCAGCUACACAUGCUGGGCUGUAAAAGCACUUCGGGUACUGGGUCCAUACUGGUACUGAAAGAUGGAAGCAAAUAAAGGCGGUCAUGGCAGAGGAUUGUUGACAGCCAAACUGGAGGAGUGGAUUUCACUGGUGCUAAGCCUUGGUUAGGAAUCAGCUAUUGCUGUAAUGGAGGGGCUUUUUAUUUUUUGUUAAAAACAUAGGCUUUCUGGUUGUGGCCUAUGACUAGCUCGGCUGCAAAGGGCCGUGCUCAUGUUUUGAGCUUUAUAACUUGGAAGACAUAAAAAUAAACCCUGAAGCUGAAGUGACAAAUUUCAGUGGGAUUUCUUUCCUUGUCUGUGGAAUCACGCCAGGUCAAUCUAUCCAGAACAUGGUAGAAGAUGUCCAGCAAAAAUGUACUUCUCUUCCCCAGCCCUUUCACCCUCUGGGGCUGUCUCUGCUCUGGUAACCAAUGUAUUUGUUUUGCUGAAUGCUUUCAUGGUUUUAAGAAGUGCAGCGCUCUCUACGAGGUGCAACGCAGAGUGGAAUGCAAUACAGCCGCUUGGAUGACUUUAAUAGUCUGAAUGCUUGGUGUACCCAGAGGGACAGGUGUGAUGUCUGCCAUUGAAAUAGCUCGGUUUCAGUGUGAGAACGGUGUACUUUAGCUAAUGCUUCAGUGGCAUGAAAUAAUGUUUUAUUUCUACAUAUGUAUUUCCAAUAUAAUGUGGAUGAUUGAAGAUUUGAGGUGAUUUACAGGAGAAUGCAUCAGACAUUAAUACCCAUUUCUGUUCAUUUUAGCUGAAUUAUUUGAAACACACACUUUGCCUAGUGAUCAAAUAUUAAUUCCAGCGUGUUUUAGAACAUUUCCACAGCAUUUCUCCGCUGUUGAACAGAAUAAUAUCUAUUGCCACUUUCACAUAGAUUCCUGCAUUAGGAGACCUCGGUACAUCUAUAAGCUACUACAGUGAUGUGCCAGAAAGGGAUAGAAAGAAAAUCUCUCAUUAGGACAGAUUCCUGCACGCGCCUCUAAUGGAAAACAAAUUAAAGCUGCAGCUAUUUCCAUAGCUCUUUUGUGUCAACGACCUCUUCUAAGCGGUGCUCGUGGAGGCAAUGACCUCUGCAUAUUGCCACACUGACCCUGGAAGAAGUGAUGUCUCUUUUGGAGGCCCUACGAUGCCAUAACAAAAGAAAAAGCCUAACAACAGCAGCGGCUGCAUGGCCCAUUCUGUGAUUUUUCACAGGUUCAAAAUAGCAGAAACAGGCAUUUUAGAGUUUUCUGGGUAGGGCUGUUCUGAAAAUUUGGGAAUGGUCCCACCUCACGGUUGAGCAGGAAAAGAAGGUAAACAACAGAGAGGAUCUGAAGGGACGAGAGAGGAUAUGAGCAAAAAGGGAAGUAGAAAGGUGAUUCAGAAGAUGAGAAAUGGAGCGCUUGAUGGGUGUGUGCCUUUAGAUGCAGCCUUGUUUCAAAGCAGAUUUCAUUGGGAAAUGGCACCGUCACCCAAGCUGGAGAGGAAAACUCCUUAUCUCCACACUGUCGGAUCCUCUGCCAUGGUUUUGAGUUCUGAGGAGAACUUCAUUGAAAAAAAAGGGAGAAAAUGCAGUGAAGUUCAUUCUGCAUAGGUGGUUGCUUCUGUUGGGCUGAGGGAAGGCUGAAUUACAAAAGAAAACAUAAGGAAUGUAUUGUUUUUCAUUUUAAAUCUGUAACACAAACAUUUCCAAAAAGUAAACGCUGCCAGUCUUAUUUAGUAGGAAAUGAGUGCUGGGAAAGACAAUUUUAUAUUCAUUUUUUUAAAAUAAAUCUCUCUUUUGUGUAUUUCUCAAAUGCUUUCCCAAUAGCCUGAAGCGCCACAUUUUCAUGUGAGCAUCACCCUGAAUUGCACGGCACGAUGCUGCUGUUCCAGAGCAGGCCUGGGGAGUCUGACCCCAACACAGACUGGGGUUUUGUGUGGUAGCAGUUUCGAUCUUACCUGCGUGCUCUCCACAUGGAAUUAUCUGCUUUCCUCUCAAAAAGCCCACCUUAUCUCAGCCAGCAGCCUUCUCUUCUAAAGGCACGUUUCCAGACUUCACUCUUUGCAAACCCUUGGGGGCCAGUGGGCCAGGUCUGCCUUGCUCACAUGCCUGCAAGCUGCCUUUAUACCUAUAGGGUGUAUUUAUAUGCUUUUUGCACAGGUUUGCUAAGAGCAAUGGCCUUACACUGUCAUAAAGCAGGCUGAAACACAAAAGGCUUCAGGCAGCUCGUGUUAAAGACACAUCAGUAAGGAUCCUGGUCUUCUCAGGUACAUCCUUCCUGCAUCACAUACAUCUGUGCGAGCAGCUUCAGGUCUGUGCCUUUAAAUCAUACCUAGGAAAAUAUUCUCGCUGCUCUGUUAAUUACAACAGCAAAUUGAACAAAUGUACUUACAGCUCAGUUGCUGUCGCCAUUUCUACAUCAGUGUAAUUCAUGCUUGUAGCCCAUGAUAGGAUUUUUAAUGUCAUUACACAGUAGGGCAAAGUCUUCAUUUUUAAUAAAAAUACAAAUGCUAAAAUGAAAUGGAUUAAUAUCUAAUUUUACAUCUUCAUUUACACGAUGUGCAAAAUUAUCUUAAAUAUUUGUUAUGGAUGGAGUGGCUUUCCACCAAUUUAAGCUUUUUUCGAACUGGAGAAUGUUAACAUAAAUUGUAGCAUAAAUCAUUGCCUUGUAGAGUACCAGAAGGCGCAUAUAAAAACCCAUAUCUUUACUGCACAUAUUUCCCAUUAACCAUAAUCUAUUAGUAAUUGAAGUUCAUUACAAAUUCUUGUAGACUUUAUUGCUAUCAUGCUGCAUGACAUAGUGAACCUGGCUUGCAUAACAAGAAGUCCUUGCUGGGAAAUAUCCUAUUAACAAUGACAGUGCAUUUGUCAUUGCGAUAAUAAAUCCAAGGGCUGCCUGUAGAUUAUAAAUUAUUGUGGCGCCAUUUCCACUGUUGUAGUUUAAAAGUUUUGUCAGCACUUCCAUUUUAAAGCCCUGCUUUUCAGGGAGUUAUAUCUUGACCAUAAAAAUCUGCAACGAGAUGAAACUCAGCUUACAAGUUCUCAGCCUGAGAGCACGUUUCUUCUCCCAGCACCAUUCCUACUUCAUCCACAUGAAAGACUGAGAAGCAAACUCUGUGGUUGUGGAAGAUUUUUUUUUCUCUAUUUGCUUAGCUUCUAAUUGAAAAAAAACAAA